UCUCUUUCCUGCCCACUCCAGUGACUUACUCCUCUCAAGGACUGGCUUUGCCCCUCGGGGGUCCCCGGCCCCGCGCUCGCCCCGGCGGGAUUGUUCUCCGGGCGGUUGUAGGAGGCUCACGCCGCGGGGCUGUUCUCAUGCGGAUCCCACGGCAACGGCCACCCCGCCAACAUGAACGGGGUCCUGAUCCCGCACACGCCCAUCGCGGUGGACUUCUGGAGCCUGCGCCGGGCUGGCUCCGCGCGGCUCUUCUUCCUGUCGCACAUGCACUCGGACCACACCGUGGGGCUGUCCAGCACGUGGGCGCGGCCCCUCUACUGCUCCCCAAUCACGGCCUUCCUCCUGCACCGUCACCUACAGGUGUCUAAGCGGUGGAUCCGAGCCCUGGAGGUUGGGGAGAGCCAUGUCCUGCCUCUAGAUGAAAUUGGGAGAGAGACCAUGACUGUCACCCUUAUGGACGCCAAUCACUGCCCUGGCUCGGUCAUGUUUCUCUUUGAAGGAUACUUUGGAACCAUCCUCUACACAGGUGAUUUUCGGUUUACCCCGGCCAUGCUGAAGGAGCCAGCCCUAAGCGUGGGGAAGCAGAUCCACACCUUAUACCUAGACAACACCAAUUGCAACCCAGCGCUGGAUCUCCCUUCCCAACACGAAGCGGCCCAGCAGAUUGUGGCGCUCAUUCGAAAGCACCCACAGCACGACGUAAAGAUCGGACUCUAUAGCCUGGGGAAAGAGUCCCUGCUGGAGCAGCUGGCCCUGGAGUUUCAGACCUGGGUGGUGUUGAGUCCUCGGCGCCUGGAGUUGGUGCAGCUGUUGGGCCUGGCAGAUGUGUUCACAGUGGAGGAGAAGGCCGGCCGCAUCCACGCCGUGAACCACAUGGAGAUCUGCCAUUCUGCCAUGCUGCGCUGGAACCAGGCCCGCCCUACCAUUGCUAUCCUUCCCACAAGCCGGAAAAUCCACAGCUCCCACCCCAAUAUCCACAUCAUCCCUUACUCCGACCACUCCUCCUACUCGGAGCUGCGUGCCUUUGUGACGGCGCUGAAGCCUUGCCGGGUGCUGCCCAUCGUCAGUCGCCAGCCCUGUAGGGACUACUUUCAGGACAGCCUGGGCCCCAGGCUCCCCGUGCCCUUGAUUCCAGACUCUGUCCAGCAAUACAUGAGUGCCUCCUCCAGCAAACCAAGCGUCCUCUGCCUGUUAGAAAGGAAGCUCAGGAGGCCGAGAACCCAGGGUGUCGUGUUUGAAUCUCCUGAGGAAAAGGCUGAUCGAUUUCAAGCUGACGGGGACUCCAAGAAGGCCAAGAACGAGGACCUUUCUGGGAACCUCGAGAAGCAGCCUUCCCUCCAUCCUUUGCGGACUAAGAAGCAGUUGUUCCCAGACCGCUGCAGCAACCAGUGCGGGGAGGCAGCCCCUUUCUCCGAGUCCCAGAAGAUGGUGACCGUGCUGACUGCCCCCUUGGGUCUUUCAGUUCAUUUAAGGUCUCCAGAGGAGGAAUUUCUCCCUCCGGAAACUGGGGAGGAAAUUGGUGGAGGGCCCCACUUGGUCCCCAGGGGAGACAAUGAUGGCUCAGCAGUCUCCAGGAACCCGCGUGCGUGGGGGGGCCAGGAUUCACCCCAGUCUCCCAGCAGCAAGGCUGUCCCGCUUCUGGCUCCUGAGUUCAGCGGCCUGGCCCUGAAAUACCUCCUGACUCCACUGAACUUCUUCCAAGCAAGGUUCUCUUCCAGGGGCUUCGACCAGCAAAUGGAAAAAUACCAUAAAUCCUUGCUGAAGUGCAGACGGGAGCACAGCCUCGUUUGAGCCAGCGCCACAGUUUUAAAGACAACGGCUGAUGGCUGGUGGGGAGUUUGUUUAGGGCCUUUUCUGUCUUCCCAGGAUUCUUUUGGGCUCACCUUGGAGCAACACUCCUCAAAGUGUGAUCACUGGAAGCCUAAUGCUUAUGGAAUCCUCAGUAUAUAGUUGACUGUUUGAAAAAUCAUCUUCAUUAAAACCCCUUUGCAUUGUGAGCCCCUGUAAGGUUGUAAGGCGGCCUGCAGUAA